GGGCAGUUGGACUUGGGCGAUCAGCCAUGGAUUCAGCAACUGUGCUCCUCCUGGCUGUGCUGGCCAUCCUGCCCAAGCGGACACAGGAUCCCCAGAGCGAUGCGGUCGCUGUGCAGUGGAUGAAGAAACGGCAGAUUUUUCUAGAGGACCAGAUGACGGAGCUGUGGGAGGAAGUCGAGUGGAGGAGGGCCCUGGAAGAUGUUCCACUCCUUUGGAUCUUGCAGCACUGGCUCUUCUGGCUGGCUGCAGCAGCUGGGCUGGGCUGGCUGGCCUGGCAAAGGGAGGAGGCCUCUCGCCGGCGCCGUGAGCAAGAAGAGCUCAGCGCAGCAGCUGCUGCUGGCGGGCCUUUUGCAGCGCUCAGCCUGUCACCGCUGCAGGACCUGCCCUUCAUGGGCCGGACCCUGAAGAAGCUGCUGCGGGACCUCCUGGAGGUGUGCCAAGUGCUGUCCCAGAACACCUUCAUGCCAGAGCUGCACCUGGCCACUGGGCAGCAGGGCACCUGCAUGGAGUCCUGGCGUGAGCUGGGGGACUGCACCGUCUACCAGCUGGUGCUCUUCCUCAGGCCACCCCCCUGGCACUCUUUCCGGCUGCAGCUGCCCGAGGCCAUGGACGUGCCACACUCCAUCCGUGUGCUGCUGGAGUGCUCGUGUUCCAGGACGGCGGGGAACAUCUUCUGCUUUGUCCACCCCACCUACAGCCAUCAGCACUCGCCCCUCGUGCGCACCCUCUGCACAGACUCCCACUUGGAGGUGCAGAAGGUCGCCGGCUGGCUGCCCAGACUGGUGGAAUCGGCCUGGGAGCGUUUGCCUCAGUGGCACGACUGGCAGCUCCGGCUGCUGCCCUCCUCCCGCUCCUGCAGGCUCCUGCUGACCGGCCCCGGCCAGGUGCGGCUCUGCGCUGUGCUGCUCUUGGCACUGCAGCAGGGCCGCCCGGGCACCUUCCUGGUCCUGGAAUAGGCAGGCGCAGCUUUCCCGGGGGCUGCUUUGGGCCGGGGCUGCGCGGCGACUUGGGAGCGCACCCAGUCGGCACGGCACAACAGACCCUUGUGCUGACUGGACUGAAGAGCAGCAGUCCUGGCUCUGUCUACUCCCAACUCCCCAUGUGCCCUGCUCUGCCUUAAGCCCAGCUGCAAAUGGAGCACCAGCAGCCACUCCCUCAACUGCCUUCCGUUCCCCGCCACCCUGGUGGAAUGGGGACGAGAAUCCAAAUUCCAACUUUGUCAACAGAAGUUGACAAAGAUUAACUUUAGGACUACCCUCUAGAAUAGGUUUAGGAUUAAGUUUAAUAAGUCAGUUA